AUGGCCUCCACGUCUGCAUCACCAUCGGAAAUCUCACAUCCAGUGGUUUUCACCACACAGACACCCUAUCCUCUGCCCUCGCAGAAAUUCAUGAUCCCGACGUCAUGGAGGCGCUAUCAGCUUUCGCAGCUCGUGAACAGAGCUCUGUCUCUUCCGAGUCCGAUACCAUUUGAUUUUCUGGUGCAUGGAGAGAUACUUCGAGGGACACUGACGGAAUGGUGUGCAGAGAAAGGGAUCGGCGAGGAAGAGAUGCUCGAGAUUGAAUAUUUCGAGUCGGUUAUGCCCCCACAGAAGAUGUCUGACUUGCCCCAUGAAGAUUGGGUCUCAUCGGUUUCAUGCGCAUUGCCAGGCCACUUCCUGACAGCAUCCUACGACGGACACCUACGCGUGUUCAACUACUCCCAAAAGCUACUCUAUACAUCCGCAGUGCAUAUGGCGCCCAUCACCUCAAUAUGUGUCAUACCUUCAUCCUCUUCAGCAUCAUCCCCAACUCUUCUCGCUAGCGCCUCGCACGACCUCACUGCACGAUUAUCCACACUCUCCUGUCCCUCUGACUCGCCUGAUUCAUCAGUGCAAGUCCAAGUGAUUGCCUCACUGCAUCUACAUACUGCAUCUAUAUCAUCCGUAUCUGCAAAUUCUGUUGGCUCGCACCUGCUCACUUCUUCCUGGGAUGAUUUAAUUGGUCUCUGGGAUACCUCUGUGCCCACCACAGAUGAAGUCCCACCGGAGGACGUAGACCGCAAGAAACGUCGUAAAGUGGACGAGCAAGCCUCAAGACCAAAACGCAAGGCACCCUUGUCAGUGUUAAAAAGUCAUACAGCACGAGUGUCAAGGGCUAUAUUUGGGACGAGCGAGGAAGCUUACAGUUGUGGUUUCGACUCGACCAUUCGCUCGUGGGACGUCGAAAAUGGCGUUUGCACGAAUACGAUUACUGCAUCCGCAAAACCUUUCCUCGACCUUGCGCUGACACAGUCCCGUACGGUUCUCGCAGCAUCUACAGACCGCACCGUCAGUCAGUAUGAUCUCCGUGCUUCUACGGCCUCCGCCACGACGCCAUCCACAGCAACUCUCCGCCACUCCGCAACGCCGUCAUGCAUUGUUGUACCCUCCACAUCGAACUCAAGUGUCGACACAAGCUCCGAGCACCAGCUGCUUACCGGCGCAUACGACGGUAUUGUACGUCUGUGGGACCUGCGCAGUGUGAAAAGUGCUGUCACAAGCUUCAAAGCAUGGGAGGGCACAGAGAAGACAGGUAAAAAAGUGCUCAGCAUAGACUGGGCUCGUGGCAUCGUUGGCGUUGGCGGUGAGGGCGGAGUAGAGGUCUGGCGUCUCGGGCAGGGAGGACGGGCGAUCCCGAGCUGA